AUGUCCCUUCUUCUCACUCUCCUAGGGUUUGUGGCCGUGGUCGCCUACAUCCUCUACCAGGCUAUCGGAGUAGCUCUCCCUAGAUUUUUGUUGGUUCCACCUCAUGACUGGAAGGAAAAAAUCCAAAAAGUGAUGAAUCAUCCAAUGGCGAUUUAUCUCAAAGUUGGCAACAAACGACUGUGUUAUCGUCGCCGGCUCAUCCUUGCCAGUGCCCAGCCUUCGUUUUACACCAACUACGUGAACAACAAACUCAAGAUCUUGCCGGAAGAUAAGCAGAACGAGGGCAAUCUGUUCUUGGAUUCCAUGACCAGAAGAGAAACAAAUGAUGUCAAUCGAAGAAUUAUCUAUGGUUUUUUCCACCCGUACGCCAACAAUGGUGGAGGUGGUGAAAGAGUUCUUUGGAACGCAGUGGCGGCUACGCUUCUUGCUGACCGCAGAAAUAUUGUUGCAAUUUACACCACCAAUUUGGACGCCGAGCCAUUGGCAAUUUUAGAAAAGGCUCAGUCAAAAUUCCACACCGGAGGAAUUGACUCUUCCCGUGUUGUAUUCAUAUACUUGCGCCGAUUUGGACUGUGGAUAGAUGACAAAUCUUGGCCUAGACUCACGUUGGUGGGGCAGAUGUUGGGUCUGUUUCUUCUUUCCCUCGAAGCCAUGUUCGAGCUUUCGCCUGAUAUUUGGGUGGACACAAUGGGGUUGCCCGGAAGUUACAGUGCUGUUUCGCUGGCUCUCAAAAUUCCAAUUGUGGCAUAUGUUCACUACCCUGUUCUCCAGUCAGAAAUGUUCGGGAAACUCCGGUACAAGUCAUUUGCUGAUUUGAAAACCUUUACUCCAUCGUUGCAAAACUCAUUGGCAGUUGCCAAGUUGUUCUACUGGACAUCCUUAUAUUAUCUUUAUAAAUAUUUGGGAUCGUUGGUGGACAUAACUCUCACUAAUGGAACUUGGACGUUGAACCAUCUUCAGCUGGUAUGGUCAUGGAACCUCGGAGCCAUGGAGAUCUUGUAUCCUCCGUGCGGCACCGAAUCUACAGCUCAAGGUCAAAACACAAAGCGAAACAUUAUCUUGUAUGUUGCUCAAUUUCGCCCAGAAAAACGUCAUCUGGUGGUACUUGAGGAAUACGCACAAUACCUUCAAUCUUUCAAAAAGUCUCACCAGCCAUUAAAAUCGCUUCCUACGUUGGUGUUCCUUGGUUCUUGUCGUACAAAAGACGAUACAGCUACACUUGAAGCUCUCAAAACCAAAGUGAAAGACUUGGAUCUCGAAGCAUAUGUGGAGUUUGUUCAAGACUCUUCCUAUGAAGAAUUGGGUCAAUGGCUCUCGAGCGCCAAGUAUGGUAUUGACGCAAUGUGGAAUGAGCAUUUUGGCAUUUGUGUGGUGGAAUAUAUGGCACUGGGUGCCAUACCGUUGGUGCAUGCUUCUGCGGGUCCAUUGCUUGAUUUGGCUACUAAUAAAAAUGGCAGUGUUGCCUCGGGCUGGAGCAGUGACAGUGGGUUUUUCUUCAAAUGCAAGGAGGAUCCAGACUUUGAUGGUGAAAUCGACGGUGAAUUUUUGAAAUUUGGUGAAAUAAAAUACCCUACUUUUUCGCAACUUUUAACACAUCUUCAGGACAAUGAACAAUUGGACGAAAUGCGCAAAGUGGGCCGAAACCUUGUCCUCGACAAGUUCUCAGACAAGGUGUUUAAGCAAAAGUGGAAUAAUUAUGCGGGACAAGCUGAGGUGUUGGAAAAGCAGUAUAGAGAGGAUAGAAGAGAGGGAGUGCAUAGAGUGUACUGA